AUGGCAGAAUUCAAAUUAUCAAAUGAAACACUUCGCCGAAUGAUGGCACAUAUGUCUCAUAAUAUGGACAAAGGUCUUGAAGGUGGACCUAAAAAUAGUACCGUAUCAAUGUUGCCAUCUUUUGUACCUGAAUUACCUGAUGGAACAGAAGAAGGUCGAUUUAUUGCAAUGGAUUUGGGUGGUACCAAUUUGCGCGUAAUGUUAAUGGAUAUUAUACCUGGUGAAGACCUUAAAACGGAGCAAUUCAAUACACGUAUACCAAAUUGGGCUAUGCGUGGUACCGGCGAGCAGCUGUUCGAUUAUAUCGCAAAAUGCUUAGCAGAAUUUCUGACUGAAAAAGGUAUUCAGAAUGAUGGCCUACCGGUAGGAUUCACAUUUUCCUAUCCAUGUAAUCAGAAAAGUUUGCGUUCCGCUACACUACUCAGAUGGACAAAAGGUUUUGAAGCAACAGGUGUAGUUGGAGAAGAUGUUGUAAAACUUCUUGAAAAAUCCAUCGCCAAAAGAGGCGAUAUUAAAGUGGAAGUGAUAGCAUUAAUUAAUGAUACCGUUGGUACAAUGGUAGCAGCUGCUCAUCGAAAUGGUGGCAAAUGUGAUGUUGGUGUUAUUAUUGCAACUGGUACCAAUGCUUCAUAUAUGGAAAAUGCGUCAAAAAUCAAAUAUGGUUUAACAAAAGCUACCACUGAUUACGAAUAUUCAGAGAUGAUUAUUGAUACGGAAUGGGGUGGCUUCGGUGAUAAUUCGGAAGCUGAUUAUAUAUUAACUCAAUAUGAUAAAAUUGUUGAUAGCCACUCGGAGCACCCAGGCGUUAACAUAUUUGAUAAACUUGUUGGUGGAAAAUGUAUGGGUGAAGUAGUAAGAGUUGUCUUGGAAAAAUUAACACGAGCUAAUAUUCUAUUUAAUGGUAAAGGUUCGGAUAGACUUUUCAAACAAGAUUCUUUUCCAACCAAAUAUAUUUCUGAAAUGCUCAGAGAUGAAACUGGUUCAUAUGUACAUACGAGAGAUAUAUUGGAUGAACUGGGUAUAUAUCAAUAUAGCUUCAGUGAUAUGCUACUUCUUCGGGAGGUUUGCGUUGUCGUUUCACGUCGAUCAGCCAAUCUUGGCGCUGCUGCAAUCGCUUGUUUAUUAAAUCGUAUCCGAAAAGAGAAUAUGGUAGUUGGAAUAGAUGGUAGUACAUAUAAAUAUCAUCCAUUUUUCGAUUUCUGGGUUCAUGAUAAAUUGAAAGAGCUUGUUGAUCCGGGCCUUAAUUUCAAAUUAUUAAAAACAGCUGAUGGUAGCGGUAAAGGUGCAGCGCUAAUUACAGCAAUUGCUGCACGAUUGAAUAAACAAAAACAACAACAACAAUGCAAGACUGAUGGACAUAUAAUAUCAACAAUGGGACAAAAGAUCAAAAUAAAAGAAAGCCGCAAAGAGGAGUUAUCUAUGAAUGAAAGUCAAAAAGUUAAUUUGAUGACAAAUGAAUUACCAACCUAUGAAAAUUUUAAUGGUGAAAUAGAAAAUGGUAUGAUACAUUUAUCUAAUCAAUAA